CUCGGCGCGCUUCUACCUGGUUCAGGACGGACUUAAAUCGAACCAGGUGACCAGUUGACCAGCGGGACCAGCAGGAUCCGUGUUCCGGCUGGGGGGGCCCGUCAUGCUGGGCACGGUGAAGAUGGAAGGACACGAGGCUCCGGACUGGAGCGGAUACUACAGCGAGGAGGUCUACUCUCCGAUGGCGGGCAACGGGAUGGGUUCUGGUCUCGGAAUGGGCUCCAUGUCUGGCUACAUGUCCAGCAGCGGAACCACAUCAGGCUCCUUCAACAUGUCUUACAAUGGGACCGGGCUCAGUCCUUCCUCAGUGGGGGGCGGUAUGGGAAGCUCAGCCUCUGCAGCCAUGUCAGGUCUGGGUGGGAGCGUGGCCUCCAUGGGUGGGGCCCUAAGCCCAUCAGGGAUGGGCUCGGUGUCGGCUCAGCAGGCCUCUAUGGGCCUGAACCCAUAUGGGGGGAUGAGUCCCACCAUGAGUCCUGGUAUGGCUUACGGCAGUGGGGGGCUGAACCGAACCCGGGACAACAAAGGGUUCAGACGGAGUUACCCCCACGCCAAACCCCCCUACUCUUACAUCUCCCUCAUCACCAUGGCGAUCCAGCAGGCUCCCAGUAAGAUGCUGACGUUGAGCGAGAUCUACCAGUGGAUCAUGGACCUGUUCCCGUACUACCGGCAGAACCAGCAGCGCUGGCAGAACUCCAUCCGACACUCACUGUCCUUCAACGACUGCUUCGUCAAGGUGUCCCGCUCCCCGGACAAACCGGGGAAAGGUUCCUACUGGACCCUGCACCCGGACUCUGGAAACAUGUUUGAGAAUGGCUGCUACCUGCGGCGCCAGAAGAGGUUCAAAUGUGAGAAGAAGAUGUCCUCCAAGUCUGAUGGCAGGAAGGAGCAGGGGGGACCCGGGGGAGCCCGGGGAGGGUCUCCUUCAGGAGAUGCCAUUAAACCCGCCGGACUCUUGGACUCAUCUGUGCCCUCGUCCAGUCAGGCAUCCUCCCCACCUGGACUGGACCUGAAGGUUUCUGGCUCUCAGCUCCUCUCGUCCUUGUCACUCGCCCCCCACUCCAUGACUCAUGAGACCCCCCUGCACAUCAAAGGAGACCCUCACUACUCCUUCAACCACCCAUUCUCCAUCAACAACCUGAUGUCAUCCUCGGAGCAGCAGCACAAACUGGACCUGAAGGCCUAUGAGGCACUGCAGUACUCUUCUUAUGGGGCUGGGGGGGCAUCAGGUCUGGGGGGCCGAACCAUGGAGCCUUUGGAGGCCUCCUACUACCAGGGGAUGUAUCCAAGACCACUCCUGAACAGCUCAUCAUAGCUGCUGUCCAAACUGACCCUCUGCAUGCAGCUGUCCUGGCCUUCCUGUCUGACUGUGAUGAUGUAGAACCGGAAGGAUUCUGCAGAACCGAACUCUGGCACUGUGAUCAAACCAGGACAUGUGGUCCCCCCCCCCCCCAGGUCAUACUCACAGACGAUUUAAUCUCACACAUUAAAAAAAGAUUGAUGCAGGAUCUCACGGAGAGUUGAGGACCAGUUCCUUCAGCUCGGGAUGUUUUCAUUUUAAUGGUCACAAUCUAGACCUGAGAGUCACAGCCCUUUUAGGCUCUGGUACUUCCAGCGGGUUCUGGUUAAAGAUUCUGACCAGAAACAUCAUUUCACUCAUCUGAUCAGGACAAACUGUUGGGUUCUGUUUAAAAGUGGCCUGGUUCUGGUUCUGGUUGUACUCCUAGUUGUUGGUCAUAUUUGAGGCAUGAAUCUACACAGAGAAAUGUGGUUCAUUCAGAGCAUCAGGAAAAAAUACAACAUGCAGAAAAUGUUCGGUCCUUGAGCGCUUCAGUCCUGCAGGUUUUGGAUGUUUCCUUGUUUCAACACAUCUGACUUAAAUGAACGAGUCACUGAACAGAACUUGGUAAACUAUCCAUUUAAUUUGAAUCAGGUGUGUUAGAGCAGGAAACAUCUAAAACCUGCAGGAUCUCUUUGACCCUGAUCUAGAACAUCUGGAACAUCUAGAACAUCCAGAGCAUCCAGAACAGCUAGAACAAUCCAGAACACAGAAAACAACUGCAAACACUCAGAACAUUCCAAAACAUGCAGAUUAAUCCAGAACAUCCAAAAAUGACUAGAAUAUCCAGAACACCAAGAACAAGUAAAACAAUCCAGAACAUCCAAAACAAUUAAGAACAUUUAGAAUAUCCAGAACAUCAAGGACAUCCAAAACAAUCCAGAAAAUCAAAAACAAUUCAGAAUGAUUAGAACAUCUAAUAUAAUCCAGAACAUCCAGAACAUCCCAAAAAAUCAAAACAAUUCAGAACAAUCCAGAACAUCUAGAACAAUCCAGAACCAACAUCAAUAACACCCCAAAGAAAUCUGGAACAUCCAAACAAAUCCAGAACACCCAGAUGAAUCCAGAACCUCUAAAAAAAUCAGAUUAUCCAAACCACCUAGGGCAUCCAGAACAUCUAGAUUACCCAAAACAAUUUAAAACAACUAGAACAUCCAGAUGAAUCCAGAACACCUGGAACAUUCAGAACAUCCAGACCACCCAGAACAUCCAGGUCACCUAGAUCUAGAACACCCAGAUGAACAUCCAAAGCAUCCAGAACCUUCAAAAUGUCCAAAACAAUCCAGAACAUCCAGGUCUCUUUAAACCUUGAUCCAGAUCUCUGACAUGAUUAUGUUUACAUGUAAAGAAUAAAUCUGGAAACUAGACUCAGAACCACUGGCAGAGGCUCUAACACAGGUUCUACAGAAAGAACGUUCUGGACUCCUGAUAAAAUGUUCAGCUAAUUGGAUGGUGGAGGUGUGUAACACUCGCAUCUCACUGCUGUGGAUCUGAUCUGAACAGAACCAUGAGCUUCCUUUGAUCCUUUGUAUGUUUGAAGAACACAGAAUGAUCUCCUCCUCCAGCUGUGCGAUGUCGGCAGAAAUAGUCUGGACCAUCUGAACACCUCCAGGUCCAGAGUCCAGAACAGUCCUGGUUCUGAUUCUUAUUUCAGAGGAACUCUCUCUGAGAAAGUUUGAAAGAGGAUCAAGUCCAAACAUCUGAUCCGAGGUCAGAGGUCACCUAAUGAUGGGGCUGUGGUCGUCGUGGCAACGUUUACAGAAAUGAUCAGAGAACAUUUUUCUGAUCAGAGCAUGAUGAGAGUUUAUUUCUCCCACGACCUUGAAUGCCUCUCUCCUGACCUCCUAAGGGGUCGUGACCCUCACUUUGAGAUACUGCUCAGAUUAAAAGGCUUUUAUUUGAAGGCUCCGUUCACCCAAAUAAGAGCAGCUUCUGGUUCUGGUCUGGAUCUCAGAUCGGUUCUCAUCUGAGACAAACAGGAUCUGUGAUCACUGAUCAGUGAUCAGGACACUGGGCUAUAGCUUACUGCGGAAAUGAUCCUGUGUGACUCGGUUCUGGUGUUUUGAUGGAGCGGAUCUUUACUGAGACAGAAUGUUGAUUCGGUUCUGAUCCUCCAAAAGUGACUGAAUUUUCCAGAAAGUUUCCAUCAGAUUCCUUCAGCUUGUUGUGUUGACCAGCCGAAUGGACCAAAUUAUUGAUCAAAUUUGACCCAGUUCUAAAUUAUUCGAUGAAUAAAGAAGAACCUUAAAUAGAAGAAAAGCUCCACAGUGGCUCUGGAUCUCAGGUGGGAAUGUGAUGGAACAUCUAGAACAUCAAGCUGCUGAAGGACAACUUAUCGUCAGAUCAGAUCCGGAAUUUCAACCUCAUCUCAGAACCAAAAUAACGGUUCUGUUUGAUGGAGUGAUCAAUCAGCUGGCCUGGACCUGAUUCAGACCUGGACCAGAUCUGGAUCUGGAUCUAGACCUGAACAAGAGCUGGACCUGUACCAGAUCAGGACCUGAACUUGAUCUUGACCUGGACCAGGUUUAGAUCUGAUCUGGACCUGGACCAAAUCUGGACUAUGUCAUCAAAGGGCAUCUGAAGCUCAUCAGCUGAUCUGUGUACUGCUGGAACUUUGACCCCAGAAACUGUGGUCCACUUUAGUUCCUGUUUGUCAUGCACCUGGUUCGCUGACAGGUAAACCAGCCAGCUGGUUCAGACUGGUCCAGACUAGUUCAGACUGGUUCAGACUGGUUCAGACUGCAGCUUCAGACUGAAACUCACAGACUGAUUUUUUGCCCAAAUUGAUCACUAACUUCUGAUCCUGAGUCCAUAUUUUUGACUUCCUGUCAAACACUUUCUGUCCUUGUUCCAUCUUUGAUCAUAGAUUAUUGAUCGUUCCACUGCAUGAAUGGAGCUUUAUUUUUCAGGAAAAACUGGGCUGAUUU